AUGUCAAACCGCAACCUCGCCAACAUAAUAGUUGACUCCCUGUCUAACGCCGGCGUCCAAAUCGUCUUCGGCAUCCCCGGCGCAAAAGUAGACGGCAUAUUCGACGCAUUGAGCGACCACCCCACCAUCAAACUCAUAGUCUGCCGCCAUGAGCAAAAUGCCGCUUUUAUGGCUGCCGCAGUCGGUCGUUUGACUGGUCUACCGGGCGUCUGUUUGGUGACAUCGGGGCCGGGGACGAGUAACCUCGUCACUGGCCUUGCGACAGCCACGACCGAGGGUGAUCCUGUGCUCGCGAUUGCGGGUACAGUGUCGCGACUACAAGCUGCGCGACAUACGCAUCAAUCACUCGAUGUAAACAAAGUCCUGGAAGGAGUGUGCAAAUCCGUCACCCAAGUCGGCGUCGAAGAUCAGGUCAGCGAGGUGAUUGCCAACGCAUUUCGUCAUGCGCGCAGAUUCCCACAGGGCGCAACAGCUGUGGCUCUGCCCAUGGACAUCAUCAAGAGUACCUCAGUCAGUGUACCGCCAUUUCCGAGCCUAAGUUUCGAGUCUCCGGGCUAUGGAGCAAGUAAUCCGAAACUCGGCAAGGUUGCUAUCGACAAGCUUAUGGCUGCGAAAUAUCCCGUGAUAUUACUGGGCAUGAGGUCUGCCGAUCCAUCCAUUGUGGCGUCGGUUCGUCGGAUGAUCAAAGAUCAUACAUUGCCUGUUGUAGAGACCUUUCAAGCCGCAGGCGCAAUUAGUGAGGAUCUCUUGCACAGAUAUUACGGCCGUGUGGGAUUGUUCCGAAACCAGCCCGGAGACAAAGUGCUUGCCAGAGCAGACCUGAUUAUUGCAGUGGGCUACGAUCCAUAUGAAUACGACGCAGAAGCAUGGAAUGUUAACAAUCCCACCACCGUCCACAAUAUUAUUCAUAUUGACUAUACCGAUCCUCGAGUAUCGCAGCAUUACAUGCCACAAAUCGAACUUCUCGGCAACCCAGCUGAUAUCGUCGAUGAACUGACCUCCAGCCUCCAAGCCUUGAAGCCAGCCUUCUGGUCCGGCGCCGAAGACGCUCUAGAAAACAUCCGACAAGAAAUCGACGAAUGGCAAUCAAGCGCCACAGAAAACGCUUUAUCGCAAGGUCUACUAGAUGAACCCGUUCAGCCAACCCAUUUCGUCUACCAACUCCGCCACAUGCUCCCCAAAGACACCGUCGUUUCCGUCGACGUCGGCACAGUCUACAUCUACAUGAUGCGAUACUUCCAGACCUACUCACCGCGUCACCUUCUCUGCUCCAACGGCCAGCAAACUCUAGGCGUUGGUCUACCCUGGGCUAUCGCAGCAAGUCUAAUCCAAGAACCCCCCUGUUCCCGCAAAGUUGUCAGCGUCAGCGGCGACGGCGGCUUCAUGUUCAGUUCGCAAGAACUCGCGACCGCCGUGCUGCAAAAAUGUAACAUCACGCACUUUAUUUGGAACGAUUCUGGAUAUAACAUGGUCGAGUUUCAGGAAGAGGCCAAGUAUGGUCGCAGUUCAGGCAUCAAGCUAGGAGGGAUCGAUUUCGUCAAGUUUGCAGAAGCGUUUGAGGGCGCAAAGGGAUUUAGAGUUAAUUCGACGAGAGAAUUAAAGGAGGUUAUGAGGGAGGCGCUGCAGUUUGAGGGAGUAGCUGUUGUGGAUGUGAGGAUCGACUAUAGUAGAAGUCGGGAGUUGAUGAGGAAUAUUAUCCCGAAGGAUUAUAGAUAG